UACCCUGACCUUAAAUCGGACUUGGCAGGUGGACAAGAAAAUUGCAGCUCUCACUUUUCCUGUAGGGCGCAUUACCACUCAAGCCGCGCGCAAGUGGCACAUAUACUUCAGCGUUUGGAUAUAUCCAAUAAUCCAGCAACAGGACAAUGUCAGCCUUGAAUGGCUCUUUCAACUUGCUGAGGGCUGCGAUGAGACAUCAAAUCAUCCCUAAAGCCAACAUUUCAGCCAAACCAGCCAAACAUGUGCUGUCCACUGGGGAGCAAGUCUUUGUAAUGGUGACCAUGUUCGCGACUGUCCUGGGCCCCUCUGGAUGGAUCCUGGCACAUUUGGAGGACUACAAGAGCCGUCCUGGUGCAGCCCAAGAAUAACUGUCUAUCUGUUUUUGAGCAUUCCUUCUUACGAAGCCUAUUUAACCUUUGAAUGUUUUAAUAAAUGAAUGUACUUGAACACCUCAACUGAUGGCAAAUGGUCUGUAUCGAUUAAAAUAGUCAAAUGUA